AUGCAGGCCCCCAGCGGCGCUCCCUUCCCGGCCCCCCCGGGCCUCGACCCCAAGGCAGACAUCGACGCCAAGGCGGCCGCCGCACAGACCGCGGCCGCGAACCUGGAGGAGAAGCUCACGCAGCUGGGGCUCAACGCGCCAGAGACCUCCGAGUUCAUCGAGGAGAUCAAGGCCGUGAUCGACAACCACGUCGCUGGCAGGGCGCACGAACUGCGGGCGUGGGGCACGCAGAUGAUGGGCCAGAUGAGCAGGAAGAUGAAGGAGAAGACCGCCUCGCUGACCGAGGAGGUGGCCCUCUGCCGCGAGAAGCAGGCGAGGCUGGAGGCGGAGAACGAACAGCUGAAGGAGGUGCUGCAGCACUUGGCCGGGCGGUUUCAGAUGCUCGGCGCGAUGAUCAAUUCCAAGGUGAUGACUGACCCCCUCGUCUCCGCCGCGGCCUCGAUGGCCGCCGAGUCUGCGGCCGGGGCCGCGGCGGUGGCGGUGCCGUCGCCAGGGCCCCAGGCCCACGUGGCCGCCGCCGCCUCCUCGCCGGAGCGGGCGGACGCCGCGCCCGUGGCGGCCGCCGGCCCGGACCAGGCCGCGGGCACCGCGGCUGUGCCCGACGCGGCGCCCGCUGCGUCGCGUCGGGACCCGAAGAUGGCCGACAUCCCGCCGUUCCCGUUCCCAGGGCCCGUCGCUGGUACGGUGCCGCUGUCCCUGGCGGAGGCGCUUUGCUCGCAGGCCCCCCUGCAGCAGCGCACGCAGCUGUCCCUGGCGACCUCGCUCUCGCCCACCGCGGCGCCCGGGCCCGAGGUGGCCCCCACCCCUGGACAGUUCACGUUCACCCUGCGCAAGGCGGACGGCGCCGACCUGGGCCUCGACGUAUCUCACAGCCACAAGGACAAGGCCCUCAGGAUCGAGGGCGUGCGCCCCGAGGGCGCGGUGGAGGCGUGGAAUCGGCAGUGCCACGGCGGCGUCGCCGCGGAGAAGGUGGUGAGGGAGGGGGACAAGAUCGUCAGCGUGAACAGCGUCUCGCACGACCCGGACAGGAUGCUGCAGGAGUGCAAGGAGAAGCAGCUGCUCAAACUGACCAUCGUCCGCGGAGAGCGGGUGCCCAAGGCGAUGCGCGCGGAGGCGUCCGUCUUCGUGCCCCAGGGCGCCGAGCCGCCGCUCUCCCCGGAGAGGGCGGCGGAGAAGGGCGAGGGGGAAGCCGAGAGCACGGCGGCGUCCUCCCUGCAGGCCUCACCCGAGACGGCCAAGCCAGAGGCCCUGAGCGAGAGGGUCCUCGGCCCCAGGGCUUUCGACAAAAAGCUCGGCAUGGAGCAGAGCCGGUCUGACGCCCUCUGCUCCCAGAAGCCCGCGGCGAUGGAUGCGGCAGUGCAGGGCAGCGGGGGCCCGCUGACUGAGAGAUCCGUACGUGCCGCACGCGUGGAGAGGGAGGUCUCGCCGUGCAUCCCGACCUCGAGCGCGCUUGGCGGCGCGCCGAGCGCUCGGGUCAAUGAGAUCAAUGAGACCACUGGGUGGGUCUGGGACACCUCCACGUGCCUGAGCGUGGCCGCGGGCGAGACCGUGCAGGUGCUGGCGGUAGAAGACGGCUGGGCCUACGGCCGCGCCUCGCUCGGCGCCGGCUGGCUGCCCCUCGCGGCGCUGCGGUGCGCGCCGGGGCCCGCCGCACGGCAGCCGGGGAGGCCCGCAGCGCAGGCCUCGCGGCGAGGCGCAGAACCAGCAGCCCCCGACAGAGCAGCGGGCGACGCGCCAGAGCAGCGCAGGCACGCCCCCAAGCCCGGGCGGGUGCUCCUCGCUCGCGGGAGCGCCGCGGGGCCGCCGCCUGAGUGGGUCUGGGACCCCUCCGGCUACUUAUUGCCCUCCGCCGGCGACGAGGUCGAGGUGCUCGUGGUGGAGGAUGGCUGGGCGUACUGCCACAGCCACGGUCAACACGGUUGGCUCCACCCCGACGACUUGUGCGGCGGCGAGGACGGGCCCGCGGCGGAGCCCGGUGCGGCCGACGCUCCGAGGUUGCGAGCUCCGCCGCUGAGGCGCGCCGACGAGCAGCACACGGGGCUGACCAAGGCGGAGUUCGCAGAGCUCCUGAGGAUGACCGCCUGA